AAUUUUAUAAUAUAUUCAAUACAUAAAUAUAUGUACUUUAAGUAAUCUGUUGAAUUAAUGAAUAACAAACCUUUAACGAAACUUUUGUGAUAAUUUUUGAAAUAAAAAAAAAAGAAAAAAAAAAUUGGCGUACCAAUUUUGGACCAAUCUGCCAAGUUACUAUAGAAGCAGUGACAAAGUGGAGGUUCGAAGAUCAUGUGAGAUCCUUCUGUAACAGCUGUCCUAUUGGUAAUUUUCAAUAGGGAUCCGCGUGAAAACUAUAUUAAGCACGGUAAAUCUCUGGCCGCAACGCAUUCUUGGUUCUUUCGCGUAGCAGAUCCAAUUAAAAUUCGUGAUUAGCGGAACGUAACUCUUGCAUCAUUUGAAACACAGCAUAGCAGAAGACAGUGAAAAACCGUUGGUGGCUGUAGCCGUUAAGAGGAAAACUAACCUAACCUAGACUGAUAGCGUCCUUAUUGGAAUUAUCAAGACUAGAUUUAUUCAAAUUUGAAUCACGAGUCGAGGAAUAUUAUGCAAAAUUUUAAAUAUAAGGUGAUUUAAUUAAGAAAGUAUAGAAUUAAGAAUGGAUCCUGCUACAGUCAUAGCUCUUUGUAAGGAAAAUAUUCAACCGUUGCGUUAUGGACGAAAUGCUACACAGCUAGGAACUGCGUUAAGGGCACAGGAAGAUACAGAUGCUCAACAAAUACUUUUACAAGAAAAACAGAUGUAUGAAGAUGCAAUAAAAAAUUAUGAAGGAGAUGAUCCUUUAGAAAGUUGGUAUGAAUAUAUACUUUGGAUAGAGCAAAGUUAUCCGAAAAGUGGACACGAGUCACAUAUUGGAAAACUUUUGCAACAAUGUUUAGCUAUAUUUGAGAAAGAGACAAAAUAUCACCAAGAUCGUAGAUACAUACGUUUGUGGAUUAAUUAUAUAAGCAUGCAAAAGAAUCCAUUAGAACUGUAUCAACUUUUGCAUAACAAUGGAAUUGGGACUAUGGUCGCAGAUAUGUAUAGAGCAUGGGCUUUUGAAUUAGAACAGAUAGAAGACUAUAAACGUGCUGAUGAAGUUUAUUUAAUGGGAUUAUCUACAUUGGCAGAACCACAGGAGGAACUAGAUUAUGCUCACAAGAACUUUCAACUCGCAGUUGCACGUAAAACAUUGGGACGUACAGAUGAUCGUAAUGAAAUGUCAUUACUUGAACAACGACAGGCUUUUAGUUCUUUAAGAGCAAUAAAAGCUGGAAAAAGAGUUGGUAGUAUACGUACUGGACAUCGAGUACGCGAAUAUUUUCCUGGUACAGUUCCACAAAUUUCAUCGACAAUGCACCAUACUCGACCAAAUUCUAGGAUACAGAUAUAUCAGGAUGAUGUGUCAGGUGAAAUAAAAAAUUCAAGCAUAUUAGAUCAUGUACCAGUAGAAGAUGCAAUACAUAAAGAAAAUACAAUUAAACCUGGCCCAUGGAAUAGCGCAAAUAAACGAUGUCCUUUAAUAACAUCUACUACAAAAUCAGCUUUCAAAGUUCACGAAGAUCAACCAGAUGAUUUUAAUACAAACAAUUUAAGAUUAUUUUCAAAUCAUAUAUAUUUUUUCGAUGGCAGCAAAUAUCCGGAACAUUUAACUGUGCCUGUAUUUGUGUCAGAUCCUCCAAAUCCAAAUAUUAUAUUAAGACCACAUUAUCCCAAAGAAUUAGUUUAUGCUAAUAAUAUGGAUCAAAGUAUGGAAGAAAUAAGAGCUCAACUGUAUUCACAAAGGGCACAAGUUAUAGACAAAAAGCACGACAUGCCGGAUAUAAGAGGAACUGACCACCAAAUUCAACAUAAAAGUUUUGAAUCUGAACAUCAAAGACACGAUGUAUCUUACAGAGAAGAAUUACAAAGACAGAGGCGAGAAUUACAAAGACAUCAAGAAUUAACAGAAAGACAAAGGAAAAUCGAACAGCAACGUAGAGAAGCAGAACAACUUGAAUUGGAUAGACAAAGACUUCAAGCUGAACAGCAAGAGCUCCAAAGACAACAGUAUGAAGCUGAAAACCAAGCUUUAGAAACUCAAAGACGUAAGGCAGAACAACAUGAAUUAGAACGAUUAGAAGCAGAAAGAAUCGAAGCCGAAAGAAUCGAAGCAGAGAGACUAGAAGCACAGAGAAUGGAAGCCGAAUUAAAUUCACAACGAAAAUUACAAUCCAGUUUUAUGCAUCAGCAUCAUACAUCAUCGUUAAAUGCUGAACCUGAAGAACAUUUACUGGGACAAAGUAUUACGGUUAAUACGAAAGAAGCAAUGUCAGUUGUGCAAGACAUGUGGCGCUCUCCUGAUACUAUACCUACAACGCCUAAUUUUCGUACUCCUAUGACACCUAGAAUUUCAGAUGUCAAGACUAAAUUAUCUUUUGACAUACAUAUGGAUAGUUCAAUGACACAGCAUGCAAUGUCAAGUAGUAAACAUCAUUCGAGUUAUAAUAUACAAACUUAUAAUGAUCAAGAGAAUCACCAAAAUUAUUCUCAUCAAAAUUAUUCUAAUCAAGAACAUCAAAGCUCUUAUAAUAACCACGGAUUACAUAACACGUACCAAUAUCAAAUGCAGCAACAAAUACAUGAGCAACAAGUACAACAAUCUCAUUCUCGGUCGCAUCAUUCACAUCAUCAAUUAAUCCAAGCACAUCAACCGGCUCAUGUGAUUUCUCAUCACCAUUCACUUCAGCAUGUCUCUCAUUUGCAAUCUCACAGUCAGAUUCAACAUCAACAUCAACAUCAACAUCAGCAGCAUCAACAUCAGCAACAUCAACAUCAACAUCAACAUCAACAUCUUCAUCAUCAGUCACACCAACAGCCGCAUCAACAUAUGCAACAUAUUCAGCAAGUUUAUGGCAAUAUGAUGCCCAAUGAUAUUGCUUAUCAGCAGUAUCCUUCUCAGCUAGAAUCUACGUUAUUGCAACAAAAUGUAGAGUCUCAGAAACAACUUCAUUAUCCUCCAUAUAACGACCCAGACAGUAAACCGUACAGAAUGCCACCUGAAUUACCGUAUAUAAAAUCUCCGGGGAUGAAUCGUAGAGACAUUAAAUAUCUUGAAAGUGCAGAAGAUAAAGAAAAUGCUAUUGUCGUUGAUUAUAAUGGACCAAUAGAAGAAAAUAUGACAUCGAAAGCAGCUGACGAAAAUAAUUUGUAUAUUGAUGAAAGUCUUGGUAUUACUCCAUUGACAGGAAAUAAUGAUACUUGUUACACAGAAGCAUUUAAUACACAAUUAUUGAGUUCUACACCUAUGACUAAUCAAUUUAGACAACCUUACAAAAUAGUAGAAGGAACUUCACAAUAUUCAAAUCAGUGUGCUGCACCUCAAUCUCAGCCUUCCUCAGAGACACCUAAUGGAGAAACUGAAGAUAAAUUGAGUGUCAUACUAGAAUCUACUAAAGAAUAUAUUUCAAGUAGUUCUGGCAGCAGUACCCAUAUAAGGAAUACUGCAUUAGGCUUUACAUUAACAAAAGAAGAUCUGGUUCCUAUAAAAGAACAAAGUACAAGUAGAGGUGGUGAAGACGAAACAAAAGACAUUACUCUUUCUGCAAACCAACCUUAUGAACAAAAACUUCAAGCCCAAAUUCAAGCUGUGCACGCUCAGAGUCCACGUACGGUGCAACGUAACGUGGAUCAAAUUACUUCUGAAAUUAAAAAGAAUUGCGAUCUACGAAAAUCAAUUAACUUUAAGUUUAACGAAAUAGAACAAAAAGAAAAAGUUGAUACAAUGGAAUGUGAAGAGCACUAUGAACCUAUGGAAGAAGCAGAAGAAGAAAGUUUCCAGUUACCUUCAGAAAAUAUAAAUCCUUUCGAUAGAAAUUUAAUAGCUGGGCUUUUAAAGAAAAUUAAAUUUCCCCAGCCACGUCAUGCAGAGGGAUAUGUGAGAUUAAAUAUUAACUUAAAUAAGCUUGUGCCUUCUACUAUAAUUACGCUUGGUACUGAAACGUACGAUUUGGGAAAGUGCCUUGGAAAGGGAACGUACGGUACAGUAUUCAAAGCAGUGAAUCUGCAAACAGGUAAAAUAGUUGCCCUGAAAACUCAAAAGCCUGCCUGGGUUUGGGAGUAUUAUAUCACUAGGGAAAUAAAAAGUCGUCUUACCAAUUCACAUAUGUUGCGUGGGUUUAUGGAUGUUUCCAUGGCAUAUGUCGCGAAUAACAGUAGUGUACUAGUUUCAGAGUAUUCCAGAUUUGGAACAUUAUUAGCAGUAACAAAUCAAAUAAAAAUUACUACGGGUAAACCGUUGUUAGAGCAUUUGGCUAUAUUUUUCACGAUUGAAAUAUUACAAAUUGUAGAAUACUUGCACAAAUGUCAAAUAAUCCACGGAGACAUUAAACCAGACAAUUUUCUUUUAAUGCGUUUACCAACGGAAGAUGUGAGGCCAACGAUACAAUUAAUAGAUUUUGGAUGUAGUAUAGAUAUGAGUCUUUUGCCAGAAAAGACGACAUUUACUCAGGUCAUAAAGACAGAAGAUUUUACAUGUAUUGAAAUGCAAACUGGAAAACCAUGGACGUAUCAAACUGAUUUAUAUUGUUUAGCUGCGACAAGCCAUUGUUUAUUAUUUGGCAAUUAUAUGAGAGUUACGAAUGUUGGUGGUCGCUGGUUUAUUACCUCGAAAAUACCAAGGUAUGCCAAGAGAGCUGCUUGGGAACAAUUCUUUACAGAAUUAUUAAACAUUGAAUCGUGUGAUAAAAUGCCGGAUUUAUCAAAAUUGCGCAAUAUGAUGGAAGAAACAUUAGCGCAAAUGACGGAUGCCCAACAGAAAUUUAGAAACUUUGUCAACAUUUUAAACAAACGAUAACACUUACUAAAUAUAUUGUAUCAAAUGUUGUGUCCCAAUGUGUGCACAUAUUUAGUAAAGAACCAACAUUUAUUAAGAAAAAUUAAUGUUACUAUGCUAUUUAUUAUCGAAGUUAAUACUAUGGUGAUAUAUGUAAUACACAGUUAAAAAUACAUAAAAUGCACUUUAUGGCCUGCUUCGUGGAGGCUUUCAUGAACUAUAUUGCUUGCACAUAAUCAGUUAUAUUAAAAGUACUUCGUUUAAUGAAAGGGAGAAAAAAUACUUUCCAAUCUGAUGAUAUUACAGACAUUUUAUACUCUACAAGUUAUAAAAAUGUCUUUCAAGAUACCUCGUGACAUAGUACCUGGAUGUUAGCAUCUGUCACGUAAAUUAUGUGAAGGCAGAUUUGUAUAAUAAAGUUGAGUAAAAAUGAAACUUCGAGAAAAACAAAUAUGUAAAAAAAAAAAAAAAUAAAUAUUUAUAAUACAAUGCGCGUGAGAUAAAUGCGGGUUGUUUACCUACAAUGUUUUAUAAUUACAAGCGGAAAAAAUUUGUGUACUGACUAACAUAUUAUCAAGUACACCAUGCAAGCUUGCAUACUUUAUUUAGAUAAUAUGUAUAUGUAGUGUUUAUAUAAUAUAUUUGAGAUGAAAUAAACUUUUGUUCUCUACAAAUAUUAAAUCUUUUUAGACGUAUACACUUAGAGAAACUCUGAAUCAUUUUAAUCUAAUUAUGUUUAAGAAAUUAAAUUGCUCUCAUAUAUUCUGUAAGAAAAGAAAAAAAGUAAUAAAAACAAAUGUUUCAAUGAUACUAAUAUUUUGUUUUGUUUUAGAUAUUCUUUGAUGAUGAUUGGUAACAAAAUAUGCAAGCUCAUAGAAUGAGAAGAUUUAACAUAAUAUGUAAGCAACUUUAUAUAAAAAUUAUAUUAAUAUACGGUUUUCUAGUUUAUUUUAUAUUUUUCAGUUUAAAUGUGCAAGCUUAUUUGCCAAUAUCCACUAAACAGGCCUUUAUGUAAUAUAUUUUAUAAAAUAGACUUUAUCGUAUUUAACACGCAUACGAUAGAAAUUUCAAAAUUUGUGUUCAAACGAUUCGAUUUUAUAAAAUGCACAAGAACACUAGGUUGUCUAAUAUUUAAAGCACGAUAUAAAUUAUAUGUAUAGCAUUACGAAACACAUUGAUAAUAAUAGACAGCCUAUUGCUCUCUGAUUUAGAAAUUUCUGAGAAUAUGCCUUAUCUUAUUUUAAUGGUGCAACGUAAAAAUAUUUAUAUUCAUAUAAAAUAUAUAUACAAUUAUUCAAUACAUUCAUUAUAUAUAAAAAAAAAGAAAAACGGAAAAAAA